GUUUCACCAACACACCUAGUUUUAUCCUCUUUCUAUUAAAUUUGUAUAACGCUUCAUGUUUGUAUUUUCUUUUGUGUCCCUCAUAUCAUACGUUCUCUCGACAAAGUUGAAUAGUAGUACAAGCAUAAUGUGUCUUAUUUUGACACCAGGGAAGUACCAAGUCACUUCUAAAGAUUUAUAAGGUUAACCUUAUAAUUAUGCCUAUAAGGCUCGUGGUGUAAGGUUGGCUUAAAUACGAAUCACUCGUAGUCUGAAGCCACAAUCGAAAUGGCGGACUCUAACACUCCGAUAAAGCCAGUACACAUCCUCUUUGUGGGCGCCGGAGCAGUGGGCUGCUUCUAUGCGUCCCGACUCCAUCAUCCUAAACAAAAUAUACAUACUUCACUUAUUGCGCGAUCCAACUAUGCAGCCAUCGCCGCCUCCGGCGUCUCCUUAGAAACCCAUUCCUUCGGAAAUUACACCUUCGAACCCUAUGCCGUGUUUCCAUCCAUAUCAGCCGCCCUCCCAAAUCCGACGUUAUCUUCCACCUCGCCCCCUUCGCGGAGUCUACCCUCCGACGGGUGGGACUACAUUAUAGUCACAACCAAAGCCCUCCCCGAUCGAUCCGACGACGCAGCUACGGUCGCACCGCUAGUGUCUGCCAAGUCAUGUAUAGUAUUAGUACAAAAUGGGGUGGGUGUAGAGGAGCCUUACCGUAAGCGCUUUCCCAACAACCCUAUAGUGAGCGGCGUCACCGUCGUUAGCGCCGAGCAGAUUCGAAAUGGAGUAAUACGGCAGAACCGAUGGACGAGAAUUAGCUUGGGGCCGUAUGGCAACGGGCUCGGCGCACCGUCUAAUGCGACCGACGAUAAGUCAGCCGAUGUCGUACGACGAGGUCAUGAAUGCAUGGAACGACUGGCACAGUGGUGGACGAAAUAUGGCGGUAUUCGUGAUGCCGAGACGCACACGGAAUUGGAGUUACAGACAAUACGGUGGCACAAGCUAUGCAUCAAUGCGGCUUUCAACCCGACCGCCGUGUUGUCCGGUGGUCGUGGUAACGCCGACCAACUGACCGAUCCCGAACUAAGGGAACAUGUUCUGGGAGUUAUGGACGAGAUUUGGAAAGCAGCACCUAAGGUUUUAGGAAAGCCGUUUCCAAAAGACCUAGCGACGCCCGAAAGAAUCAUACGAAGUACAGAGAGGAAUGCCGGGGCCAGACCAAGCAUGCUUUUAGAUUGGGAGGCCGGCCGCCCCAUGGAGCUUGAAGUUAUCUUAGGAAAUCCAGUUCGGAUAGCUAAAAGGGCCGGCGUGGACAUGCCGAAGCUACAGACUUUACAUGCGUUGCUGAAGAGCAUGCAGAAAGUGAGAGAAGAGAGGAAGGCAAAGGAGAAGCUAUAGAGUAGGUCAAUUCACAUUGUAAAAGGUGUAUAUGUUCAAUAGUGACAUAUUUUCAGGUCUGUGUAAUCUAAAAUUAGAAUUGGACAGUAUUUGCUGUCAGCGAUUCCUGAGGUUACAGAUGGAGCGAUACGUAAGCUGCCUCUUGACCUUCUGGAGCAAAUGGCGAACCGCGCACUGCCCAGACCACAUCUGGCACCGCUAGUCGUACUGGAUUACUGUUGUUCAUAGGGUAACCUCAUCUACCCCUAUUCUAUACCUAGAUUAGCGAUGAUUCUUAAUAUAUUUAUCCAACGCAACGUAUGGGGCUUAUCGUUUGUAGGCUUCCUAUGUGGGUGAUUCAUACGAAAUCGCAUGAAUGUGUCCCUAAAUUAUUUUUGUUGCAUGGACUUUUCCCUCUCGCCGCGCCAACUUCGUGGCAUGAACGCAUUUAGGAAUCGAUGACGGUUAGGUC